AUGGAAGAAGCCCUAAGGAGAUUCAACGAAUCUACCCUCUCACUCACACACGAUUACGAACACGACGCAAACCUUCUCACCAGAAACGUAACCAACGCUACAGCAUCACCGUUUAACCAGAGACAGUCCACAAAAGAGAACACAGUCACGGUCGCCGUAGCCGGGAAAGGUACGACGAGGUACCGUGGCGUUCGCCGGAGGCCAUGGGGACGAUAUGCGGCGGAGAUACGUGAUCCUAAGUCCAAGGAGAGACGUUGGCUCGGAACAUUCGACACGGCGGAAGAAGCCGCUUGUGCUUACGACUGCGCAGCUCGUGUCUUUCGUGGACCUAAAGCUCGUACUAAUUUCCCUUAUCCGACGGCUAUUGCUGUUCCUGAUCCACGAUUCUCUUUUCCAUCCAAGAAAUCUUCGCCGUCCAGUCGUUGUCCUCUUCCGUCUGUGCCGUUGGAUCACUCCAUUCAGGAGUUUUACGGUGCACCGGCACAGCAGUGGAAUAGUAACCAGCCUCUCUUCUUGCGCGACGCUUCGCAUUCCUCUCGUAAAACGCUGCCGUGCAACUCUUUCAACGACUUAUCUUCCUCUUCUUACUCCCAACCACAAACGUCAUGCAUUUCGUAUUCAGCUAGCGAAAACGACACGGCGUUAUUCCCGCAAGAAUCUUCCGACUCUGGUUUAUUGCAAGAUAUCGUUCAAGAGUUUUCGAGGAAAAAACGCAACUUUCCUCCGCCAUCGUCACCAGUACCUUAUCUGUCUACGCCAAUGAUUGGACAUCACGAAAACUCCGGUGAAUUCUCUGCUCUAUCUUUUGUCUCCGAUGAUAAUAUGUCUCAGACUCUUACGUCUGAGUUAGAUCGCUACGGAAAUAUUCAAGCUAGUGAGUCCGGUAAUUUCGAUGGCAUGAGCACCACCGCAGACAGUGGUUACACGUACGGAUCAGACACGUGGGGGUUUCAGGAAAUGUUGAUGUACGGUGGUCAAUUGGGAUGUACUUGCCGGAGAUCGUGGGGCUAG